GGGACACGGUGGAAACUGUUCCUCUCGCCGCCACAGAGCGCGGAGAUCUAGUCGUGCGUGCGCGACAGACGAAGGAAACUGGGAGAGAAAGGAGAACAGAGAAAACAGUAGUGUGCGUUAAAGGGACGAUAAAAGAAAAGAAAAAAGUGGAAACGGUGGGACAACGGAACCACACACACGGGGAGGAAAAAAAAUGUCGUCCAUGUAGUGUUGAGAGAAACCGAGGAGAUUGAGAGAGGCAGGUCGAACACGGUGGUGCAGUGGUGGUUAUCCCCCGAGUCGUUGAGAGAGAGAGAGAGAGAGAACCAAAAAAACAGAGACAGGAAGACCAUGCGAAGGGCGGUAAACUCGUAACAGAGAGAGAACGCCUGCUCCCGAAGGCGUUAAACCGGGAAGAGAGAGAGAGAGAAAGAGAGAGAGCGCGCGCGUGUAUAAUCGGUGCACGGAGCGAUGUACGCAGCUGCGGGUGGCGCCAGUAUAGCGAACAGGAGGAAGCAGAAACGAUUGCAGCUGAACAAACGCGUCGCCGAGGGUACGAUCCCGUCACGUCUGAAGCCGGCUGUUCCAGCAUCGUCACAGCACCAUUACCACCACCACCAAUACCACUCGAACAAGUUCGCGCGUCCGCACGUUGUUCCGCCAUCUUCCACGCCACAGCCACCACCGUCGUCACAACAACCACCGUCAUCUGCAUACCACCAUCAGAGCGUCGAACGACGGCGUCAUGUCGAGAAGUCCCACCAGCAGAUCGCACCUGUAUCACCGAUCCAAUUCCCAAUAUCGCCACCGCCGUUGUCCCUCGAAUCACCUAGCUCGGUCACAUGCGCCACGAAAUCCAACAAUAAUUUCCCAUUCCCGCCACCAUCGAUCCUCGAUCUCCGAGUAUCGCCAUCUUCGUCGGAACUACAGUGCGGUGGAGGACCCGGUAAAGCAGCAUGGCAAGGAUGCAGCAGACCCUCACCCCUUCCUUUGUCCCCUAUGUCACCCCACGGAUGCCGGGGGGAUGGCUACAAGACAAAACAGUGCGAGGCUCAUCGACGAUGGAUGAAACGGAACAGGAUAAGAGACGCGAGUUAUUGCUAUGAGAGCAGCGGAGAAGACGACGAAGAGGAUGGUAGCAGUAACGCGAACCGUCGUCGAGGAGAGGUUAGCGCGGCAGUGAAUACCGUGCUUUACGCGGGGCUCGGAACCACAGCGCUCGGAUUGGUUAUCUCGUUUGUCGGCACUGGAGAGAAAGGAUUCCUCAGUCCGGAAUUGAGGCUGGUGGGUCCUUCGCUACUGUGCGCCGGUUUACUGUGUUGCCUAUUUCGGGUGCUGCUCUGCCUCUGUUUAUGUCAUUGCGGUCAAUGCCGUUGGCAGCUUUGCAAUGUCGCUUCCGACAAGAAGGAUAAAGUGGGGAAACCAGAAGCACGUCCAGCUGGAACAUUGCCUACCGCCUCACUAUUGUCGCCAACGCAACAGCAACAACCACAACAGCCACAACAACAACAAUCGGCCGCGUGUUCAAGUGGUCCAGGAUCAUCGUCAACAAAAGCACACGAGCUGUUACUCUCACCCGCCCAACUACCAGAGUGAAGAAGACACCAUUACGAACGUUUUCUACGAGAAUCAAUACGCCGAUUAACUGCCGGUUCUUGUCCAAUAAAUAGAAUUAUCUAAUCUCCAUUCGGCCUGAACCGUUCUCGCAAGGAAAAAAAUAACGAAAAAAAAAACAAACCAUCACACAGCCUAACUCUAGUUAAAUGCGAAUUUUAGCGCUUGAAAAUAAUAGAGAAAUAAACAAUCGGCUACAUUUUUCUACCCCUACCGUGUU